CAGUUUGACACAAUCAUCACAAUAUCUACGGUUUAUUCGGUGCAUUUGAAUAUAGCGCCACUGCGGUUGAACAACGUUUGAUUUUGACAGAAGCCGGCACUGAAAUGUUUUUAGUCGCAUCUAAAAUACCUUGACAGACGACCGGAGUGGAUUUGGCUUUUGUUUAGUUUUAGGUUUGGAAUCAACAUGACCUACUAUUUGGAGAAUAGUUCAUUAUGUUUAAACGAGUGUCUCAACUAUCCACUGAGCACAAGAUGUGCGGAAAUGGCGCGUUUAAUUGAUUGCGGUAGCAUAAAGGAUUUACAUGAUUUUUUCCCAGUGUUGGUCAAAUCAAUCUUUGGAUAUCCAGGAUGGGGAUUACGUACAAUAACAAGAGAAACCGCGCCAAUGGAAUUCGAAUAUGUAUACAGUUUCUUUGUGCCGCUCGGGCCAAUGUUUCGACUGUGUUAUCGCUUGUUGUCCGAGCCGAUAAAGUUUGAUGUACCCAUCGAAUCUUUGCCACCGAAAACCAUCCAAAUGUUAAACAACGGGCGCUAUUCGGUGUUCUAUUCGGAUAUCUUGAACAUUGACCCCUAUCGACGUCAAGUGGCAUCGCUUCAAUUGAAUGCCUUCGACUACUUCAUAUUGCAUUUUACAUUGCAUGGCAUGUCACCGUUGCAUAAACAGUUUCCAGCCGCAUUGACUGUACACAACGACCACUUGAAAACCGUUUACUAUUUUCUGACAGCCGAUUAUCUGUGUACAUUUUUGCCAACCGAUCCAAAUACCGAGGUGCAGCCAUCGAAUGUAUAUUGCUCGGUAAAAUCAGCGGCUCCGGUGCCUAUGUCACCAAUUGUACCGAUGCGACGAACUAAAUACCUAUCGCGUAAUGUCAUUUCACACAGUUUCACAUCGAAUGCAACGAACAUUCGAACUUCGGCUGAACCAUCACGAUCGUCAUAUUGGCGAACAGAGAGUGUUUUGCAUUUAUUUAUCGAUACUUGGUUGCGGUAUGAUGUUGAUGGUAUUGCAGAUUUGCCAAGCAGUGAAUUUAUCCAAGUUGUUCGUGUGUUGGUUAAACAGUUGCAUUCGUUUGCAAACUCGUCCGAAAUCGAUGUCACACCGAUGGCUUCACUGCGUUCACUCGCUCAGCCAAUGAUGAAUGCUCAGAUGAAUAAUUUUUUGCGUGGAAUUAUCCAAAGAUGGCCAUUGGAUAGUUCAUUUCUUGUGGUGUUGGAACUGUGGCUCAGUUACAUUCAACCGUGGCGAUACACACUGAAUCGACAGCAUGGCAUCGAUGAUGUACAAAAUCAAAUUGCCAUCCCACAAAAAUUCGAGAAAUUUAUCAUGGAAAAUGCCGCAUCGUACACACAGAUUUUCAUCCAACUUUUACCACGAUUCGAACGACUUGACUUCACAUCACCGAAAAAUGUGACAAUUUUGUAUCGUUUGGCAAGAGUUUUUAAUCAAUCAAAUCUGUCGCAACUACUGCGAAUGCAUGAUCGUCGAUUGCUCAGUGAACAUUUGACAUUGUCACCGAACAAAUCGAAUUUGUUGCCAAAUAUUUCGUCAAACAGCAACCAUUCGCCACCUAGUCCAUCAUCGCCGCAGCGAACCUCACUAGAUGUUACCGAUUCCUUCGAUUCGGCCACCAAUUCGACAGCUUACUUCUCACAACGCACAGACAUCAAUUACAUGCACGAAGAUGACACAUACAUUUGCUUGUUUGGAUCAACCGAACGACAAAGGAUUAUCAUUUCGAAACUGGAACAAUUCAAAAGUAAACUCUACGAAUCAUACGAUUGUGCCAAUCAAUUGAUCAACCAAUUGGAAGUUUCGGUGCAAAAACGAUACAAUGGCUUCCUUGGGUAUAUCAAAUGGUAUUUAAUAAAUGACGAAGAAACUGAACACAAUCAAAGUCUGAAUGAUGCACGAAAAAUCGCCGAAGUUCUUGAAUUCGUUAUUAGAUCAUUCGCAAUGGUAUUUGAGGAGGAGAUACCAAACUUUUUGGCAGAGUUUGCCGAAUUUCAACAACGGUCCAGAGAACAAAUUGUACCCAAUCCUCUAUUCGAGGACACAAGCAUUUCGGACAGUUUGAAUAUGAGUCAAUACACAUCACCAGCAGCGAUGAUUCGGCGUAUCCGAAAGGUUCAGUUCACCGGAGAUCCCCUCACAUUGCCUGCUCGCAGCAGUGAGAUUGAAUUUUUGGUCCGUUUCUUCUAUAAGCUUUCGUGUCGCUUAAAUGAAACGUAUGCCGUGGAAAUCGAGCAGCUCUACCGUCGACCAGAUCUUGUAGGUCAAAUUGCUCACCGUGUCUUGGAAUCACCGCGCAUUGUGCAAACAUUUGAAAAAUCGCAUGGUUCCAGUGAAUUGGUUGAGCGACGGCUCAGACCGCGCGUCAACUUACGAGGAUUGGCAUCGUAUCGUACCGUUAUCAUAAUUGCAUUAUCAUUUUGCGUAGGGAAACUGCUGUUUGGCGGUUCAUUUUUUGGAUUUUUCUUGUUAAUUCUGUUCAAAAUCACGAUAACAUUCUUAUUAGCGUCGUACGAGUUUGUGUUUAAGUCAUAGUCAAAGCAAUCAUUGCGCGAAUUUAAAGCGAAUAAAAUGAAACGGUUUCAUUUGUCAAUCGACACAAAA